UCAAAGUUGUGUGUCGACAUUUGAGAUUCGUGCUUACAAAUAAACAGACUGUAUAAGUCUGCUUUAGCUUCUAAAUAUUGGUUUUAUAGUGAAAUGUGUUAUUAGAAUUAAAAAAAAAUGGCUUCUAAAGUAACAAGUGAAACUGAAUUAAAGGACACAAAAGUGAAUAAUGGAAAAGAUGAAAACAAUCGUGAAGUGGAACCGGAAGUGGUCCAGACAUCAUUCUCAAUGAAAAUUAGGAAUUUCAUAAAUUUCUUUACCGUGGAACCGUUUCUCUUUUGUUACAUUUUGCCAAAUAUAAUAUCAUCUAUAGCAGUUCAAAAGCUGAACAUGGAAAAAGCAUGUCGUGCUGACCUUAAUUAUUCUGAAUACAUUUGCUCCCAAGCUAUAUCCGGAGAUUUCAGUGAUAAUAUAACGGAAAUUGCUUUGGGUGAAGCACAAACCUUAGUAGCUGAUAUGACGAGCUGGAAACAGCCCCUACAAAGUGGAAUACCUGCCCUUUUAAUAUUAUUCGUUGGAGCAUGGAGUGAUAAAACUGGAAAUAGGAAAUAUCUAAUGCUCUUUCCAAUGUUUGGGGAGCUUGUAUCAGCCGUGGGAUUAAUUUUAACGACAUAUUUCUUUCUUGAAUGGCCGUUGUGGAUAACAGGGUUAAUAGAGGCACUUCCUUCAGCAUUUUCUGGUGGUCUCUCAAUCGCUUUGAUGGGUUCCUACAGCUACAUAGCAGAUGUCACUACUGUUGAGACACGUACUUUUAGAAUGGGUUGCGUAGCAGUAAUCGUUACUUUAGGGAUACCUUUGGGAUCUUCCAUAAGUGGCGUUUUGUUAGAACUAGUAGGUUUCUAUGGAAUAUUUGGUAUUGGAGCGUUACUAUACACUUUUGGUUUUCUUCACACUUAUUUUAGAAUACACGAUAUUAAACGUGUAAAAAUUGAAGGCACGUUUCGACAAAAACUAUACGAUUUCUUUAAUCCGAAAAAUGCUUGGGAUACACUUUCGCUGCUAUUUCUAACGCCGAAGAAAGAACUUAUCCAAAUAUGGCUAGUUGUUUGGGCACAUAUUGUUGUCAUCGGUCCUGUAUUCGGUGAAAGCGCUGUGUUAUUUUUAUACACACUGAAGAAAUUCAAUAUGGGUGUCGUAGAGUUCAGUCUCUUUUCAACGUAUUCUGUGCUAAUGGGACUAGCUGGUACUGCCGUUGCUGUAACAGUUUUGAGCAAAAUUUUAAAGGUUCACGACGAUCUUCUUGGGGCAAUAGCGACCACAAGCAAAGUGCUCUCCAGUUUUGUUUACGGCUUAGCUCCAAAUAAAACUUGGUUUUACGUCGGACCGGUUCUCGAUUUCUUUGGUAAUUGUGGAUCAACAGUAGUAAGAUCUUUGGGAACUAAAGUCGUCGAUCCUGAUGAAAUUGGCAAAAUCUGUUCACUAAUUGGUGUCGUGGAGGCAAUAGUACCGGUUAUCUACACUCCUAUUUACAGCAAGUUAUAUUCAAAAACACUUGAAACUUUGCCCGGAGCAUUUUAUCUUCUUGGUGGUUUGAUGACGAUACCUGCAGUUUUCAUAUUCAUAUUCCUUUACUUCGUUCACAAAAGACAAGAAAAGGAUGUUGUUAAAAAUCCAGAUGCGAAGAUCAUGCAUGCCCACGACAACGCUGUUACCGUGCUUUGAAAUGCUAAAUAAGAAAUAUACACUGUAAGAAUAAGAUUGUAAGAAUAUUUCACAUAUAUAUGCGUAUAAUACUCAUGUAAAAUUAAUGAAAACUUUAUUUCAAACGAAUUAUA